AUUGGCAGCGCCAGGGGUAUGGCCCUGUAUUCCCGUGAAUACCAAUAGAAAUCGGACCCCAAAAAAUUUGUAUUAGUUUGGCCCAUAGCCCAACACAGAUCAGCCCAUCAAGCAACACAAGUCGCUCGCUCCGGCUCCUCUCGCUCGCUAGUCGCUCCGUAGUCGAACAGAGGCGACCGACCGCGAUCGAGCAGCGGGUGAACCCUAGGCGGCGGGCGGAGACAGUGGGCCAACAGCCGGCGUCCGGCGAUUCCCCGGCGAACGCAAGGGCAAGCGGGCGGACAGGCUCCACCGCUCCAGCCUCCAGCCUCCAGGACUCCAACUCGCCCACGCCCAGCGGCCCAGCCCAGAUGAAGAAAAAGAGUAUCGCUGGGCCUGCUGGAAGCAACAUCUAUGCAUUGUGGAAUAAAGCUUCAAAAGCACAGAAGAAAGAUGAAACAUCUACACCAAAUCAGAUUACUGUUGAAUCAAGUGCUUCUCAUGAUCAACUUUAGAACAAUCUUCAGUUGGUGCUAGUGCAAACACCGGAUGAAGAACAUGAACCGGACAGGACCGCCGCAAACCCAGCCCCAAUUUUAGAAGAUGGUGUAUCAACUGAUGAAGAUGAUGAAGCAACACAAGCAGAUUUGCAGGCCCUUGAACCUGACCCUAGCAAGCGGAUUCCCAUAUCACGAUAUGCUGUCAAUGAUCAAGAUAGAGUAAGAAGAAGAUUCAUUGAGAUGGGGCCAUGCCAACCGAAGAAUCACAAGUUUGAUGUCACAUUAAAGGGUGGAAAAGAUCGCCGCUUUUGCCUUGCUUGGUUUAAAGAAUUUCCAUGGAUUGAGUAUAGUGUGGAAAAGGAUGCUGCCUUUUGCUUUGUUUGCUUUUUGUUCAAGGAUAAAACAAAAUGUCUCGGUGGAGAUUCAUUUGUUAAGAAUGGUUUUAGGAACUAGAACAUGAAACCGAGAUUGCUAAGACAUGAAGGUGGUGUUAGUAGUGCUCAUGCUGAAACUCAAGAGAAAUUUGAUUUGUUCUGUACACCAAAAGCAUCAAUCCAAUCGUCUCUUGCUUCAAACAACUCACGGUACAAGGCUUUGUAUUUGCAGCGUUUGACAUGGACACUCAAGUGUCUGAGGUAUCUAUUGCACCAAGGCUUGGCAUUUACAGGACAUGAUGAAAGUGAAGAUUCACUAAAUAAAGGAAAUUUCCUUGAGCUCUUAAAUUGUCUUGCAGGAAAUUUUGAAGAGGUUAACAAGGUGGUUCUCAACAAUGCUCCACGGAAUUGCAGGAUGAUCCACCAUGAUAUACAACAUGAGUUGAUCAAAUGUUGUGCUCGGGAGACUACUAAACUACUCAUUGAAGAACUUGAUGGUGGUAAUUUUGCAAUACUUGCAGAUGAGUCUAGUGAUCUUUUCAAUGGUGCAGAUAAUUACCAUAGCUUCCAUGUUGAUAUGUUUGUGAGUGUCAUUGAUAGGCAACUUUCAGAACUAAAUGGUAGAUUUGAUGAGGUAAACACAGAAUUACUUACUUGCAUGGCAGCAUUCUCUCCAGUUCGCUCAUUUGCUGCUUAUGAUCAAAAUAAGUUGCUCAAGCUUGCUUCACAGUUUUAUGCUACUGAUUUUGCAAUUGAUGAAUUGGCAAGACUUCCAUGGCAACUAGACAUGUAUAUUACUCAUGUGCGCAGAGAUGAAAGGUUUAAAAACUUGAAGAAUAUAGUUGAGCUUUCAGUUAUGCUUGUGAAGACAAAUAUUCAUGCACAAUAUUUUAUUGUUUACAAGCUUCUGAAGUUGGUACUGAUUUUGCCAGUACCUAAUGCCAAUGUUGAAAGGGUAUUCUCCUCCAUGAAUUUUGUGAAGAAUAAGCUAAGAAACAAAAUGAGUGAUGAUUACUUAAACAAUUGCAUGGUUACAUUUGUUGAGAGAGAACUAUUCAAUCAAGUGAAGGAUGAAGAUGUCAUCAAUCUCUUCCAAAAGGGCGCCCGCAAAGUUAUAUUGUAAGAGGUACUGCCUCUUUCCGUUGGAAUUUGUUGUUGUACUUCCAUUUAUAUGGA